AUGUUGUCGUCUACGAGGUCUGCCGCCUCAAUGGUCCUCCGAGCCAAACCGACGAGUGCGCUGCUGCCCUACCGCGCCGGGAGCGUCGCCUUCCUCUCAAACACGUCUUCGAACAAUGCGACGACCAUGCAGAAGCCGGGUCUCGUUGCUGGAGCGCCCGGAACACCGCCCCCGAUGAAGCAGGCACGGCGAGAAGUCCCGCUGCCGAGUCAGGAAGGAAAGAAGGGCGCCAUGCAAUACGCGCUUACCACACUCGACCAGAUUGCCAACUGGGCUCGACAGAGCUCGCUCUGGCCUAUGACCUUCGGUCUUGCCUGUUGCGCCGUCGAGAUGAUGCAUUUGUCCGCACCCCGCUACGACCAGGAUCGUCUCGGUAUCAUUUUCCGUGCCUCGCCGCGCCAGUCCGACGUCAUGAUAGUAGCCGGUACACUCACCAACAAGAUGGCUCCGGCCCUGCGACAGGUGUAUGAUCAGAUGCCCGACCCUCGGUGGGUCAUCUCCAUGGGUAGUUGCGCAAAUGGAGGAGGUUACUACCACUACAGCUACUCAGUCACAAGAGGGUGCGACAGGAUCGUGCCCGUGGAUAUCUACGUCCCUGGAUGUCCGCCUACGGCAGAAGCCCUGAUGUACGGCAUUUUCCAGCUGCAGAAGAAGAUGAGGCACACCAAGAUUACAAGAAUGUGGUACAGGAAGUGA